UCGAUUUCGUGGCGACGUAACUCAAAACUUAUAAGAGCGUAGCGAAUUCCGAGUCAAAUAUAUUUUUUCAUCAAAACAAAAUUAAAUUUAUAUUUAAUAGUAUAGUGUACGGAAGUAUUGGGCAUGCUGAGUACCAACGAAUCAAUCGAAAAAAAGGAGUCUGAGCUCUUUGCUUCAGAGGCACCUCAAGUCACUGUAAACGACUACAUCGCCGAAGAGCGGCCCUGGUACAGAGUAGCUCACUUGCGCUACUUGACAUGGUGUGUUUUCAUCAUCACGCUUACUUCCACAAACAACGGCUAUGAUAGCUCGAUGUUGAAUGGCUUGCAGUCUUUGGAUAUUUGGGAAGAAGAUUUGGGUUAUCCCCUGGGCCAGAGAUUAGGUGCUUUGACAAACGGUGUCUUGUUCGGUAAUAUUGCAGCUGUUCCAUUUGCUUCUUUUUUUUGUGACCGCUUUGGAAGAAGACCCGUGAUCUUUUUUGGCUCUACUUUGACUAUUGUCGGCGCCGUCUUGCAAGGUUUGUCCAACAGCUAUGGUUUUUUUUUGGGGGCUAGAAUUGUCUUGGGUUUCGGUGCCAUGAUGGCAACAAUCCCCUCGCCAACUUUGAUUUCCGAAAUCGCAUAUCCAACCCAUAGAGAAACGUCUACUUUUGCUUACAAUGUGUGCUGGUACUUGGGUGCCAUUAUCGCUUCUUGGGUCACCUACGGAACUAGAGAUAUUCAAAGCAAGGCUUCAUGGGCCAUCCCAUCAUAUCUUCAAGCAGCUUUACCCUUUUUUCAGGUUUGCAUGCUUUGGUUUGUGCCUGAAUCUCCCAGAUACCUCGUCGCCAGAGGAAAGAUUGAUCAAGCACGAGCUGUAUUGUCAAAGUUUCACACUGGAAAUUCAACAGAUGCUCGAGACAUUGCUUUAGUGGACUUUGAACUUCAUGAAAUUGAGAGUGCUUUAGAGAAGGACAAAACCAUGUCAUCGUCGUAUCUUGACUUCAUCACGAAGAAGAACUUCAGGAAGAGAGGUUUUUUGUGUGUGGCUGUCGGUGUGGCAAUGCAGCUUUCUGGUAACGGUUUGGUCUCCUACUACUUGGCUAAGGUGUUGGACUCUAUUGGAAUCACUGAGACUAAGAAGCAACUCGAGAUCAACGGAUCCUUGAUGAUUUACAAUUUUGUAAUCUGUGUGGCCUUGAUGAGUGUCUGCCGUAUGUUCAAGAGAAGAACGUUAUUCUUGACAUGUUUCUCAGGAAUGUUGGUCUGCUACACGAUUUGGACUAUCUUGUCUGCACUCAAUGAGCAGAGAAAUUUUGAGGACACCGGAUUGGCAAAUGGAGUGUUGGCUAUGAUUUUCUUUUACUACUUCUUCUACAAUGUUGGUGUGAACGGCUUGCCCUUCUUGUACAUCACCGAAGUUUUGCCAUACUCUCACAGAGCCAAAGGAUUGAACGUGUUUCUGAUGUCCCAGUUCAUCACACAAGUUUACAAUGGUUACGUCAACCCUAUUGCUAUGGAUGCCAUCGAAUGGAAGUACUAUAUUGUGUACUGUUGCAUUCUUUUUGUUGAGCUCACGGUUGUAUUUUUCACAUUCCCCGAGACUUCUGGUUACACUUUAGAGGAGGUAGCACAAGUCUUUGGUGAUGAAGCGCCUGGUCUUCAGAAUAGAAAGUUGGAAACCGAGAAGAGCGCCAUCGACCAUGCUGAGCAUGUUUAAUUCUUACUUCGCAAUGAAUCCUGCGCAUCCUCUGCGAUACAAAAAUAGUUUCAUUUAAAAUAUAGGUAACAAAUAUAAUCUUUGACAAGACAAUAG